AUGUUGGUGAUGCGAUACAUGAUUGCGAAAUGUGGAGCUCCAUAUCGGGCCAACUAUUGCGCUCUGCAGGCGACGACGCGGCCGUUCGGCACGUCAUCGUACCACUCCGAGGCCAAGGCACAGCCGUAUGAGCGGAAUCGAUCGACAGGCGCGAAUGCGGAGGAGCGUGGAGCAGGAUCCCGGGGAGGAGUACACCGUCGCGUCAUUGGCGGAGACUAG